AUGCUAAUUUCCCGUGGCAGGCGGAGUCACGGCCGGGAGUUAAACGACGUCCCCCAAAGAAAAAUUAUUUCCAUCCAAUUCACCCAAAAAUUAAUGAUCAUGAGUUCGUUUUUGAUGAACUCUCAGCCGUACGUGGACCCGAAAUUUCCACCCAGCGAAGAGUACUCGCAAGGAAAUUACAUCCCGGAUUACUAUCACCAGCAACAACACUACGGCGGAUUCCACGCGGCACCAGUGAGUUAUGGGCCGACGGAAAACGGCCAAACCUACACGAACCACCACGGCAGUUCGCCGCACAGCUACUACCAACACUCGUGCAGCCUCAGUCAGAACACGGUGACACCGCAGACGAUCGCGGCAGACGACAGUCUCCACCACCACCCGCACAACAGGUCGUCGCCGGACAGUUCGCCACCCCCUGGAUCGCUUUUACAGCGCUCCGAAGCACAAAAUUCGGACUGCUCCGGAUCAGAACCACCUGUAAUAUAUCCAUGGAUGAAAAAAGUGCACACCAACCCCGUCAAUGGCACCUUUCCUGGAAUUGAGCCUAAGCGACAGAGGACAGCCUACACUCGACACCAAAUCCUCGAACUUGAAAAAGAAUUCCACUUCAACCGGUACCUCACAAGGCGGAGGAGGAUCGAAAUCGCCCACUCUCUCUGUCUCAGUGAACGACAGAUUAAAAUUUGGUUCCAGAACAGGCGAAUGAAAUGGAAGAAAGACAACAAACUGCCUAACACAAAGAAUGUCAAGAAGAAGAACCCAAACAACAACAGCAACAGUAAUGCCAACAACACAACGGCUGCUACCAAUAACAAUAAUGUUAACACAAAUAGCGUCGGGAACAACAGACCACAACAACCUGCCCUGGUGUCGCUUCAAGGGAGAGGGCUGCACACGCCCCACAUGCCAACAUGUGGCACGCCUAUUGAACCAAAGGACGAAUACGGUCUUACAGAGCUGUGA